AUGCGUUCAAUAAGGAUUAAAAAAAUAAACUUUCAUAUAAAGCAAGGAGAAGAACAACUUAAACAAGAAUUGAACAACUAUUGCGAAGAAACCUCACUCAAGUACAUCUCCGCGAGAAUCAAGAAAAGACACAAUGAUUUCACCAUCAACGCAGUAAAAGAUGCACAAGGUAGAACAAUCAACAAACAGGAAUUGAUCGAAGAAGAAUACGUAAAAUAUUACUCAAAUCUUUAUGACUACAAAGAAGAUGACGCACCAUCUCAUUAUGAAAUGUUGGAAAAUUGGACAGUGACCAGGGACUCAACAUGGGACAACCUUGAAAAUGAAUUCACAACACAAGAGAUCCUAGAAGUAAUAAAACAAUUGAACCCACACAAAUCUCCAGGCCCAGAUGGAAUUCCAAACUUAUUCUACAUAACACACAAAGAAAAACUAGCUCCAAUACUGGCCUCAGCAUUCAACGACACUCUAAGAAAUCCUCAUCUAAUUAGCAAAAAUUACAAAGAAGGCCUCAUUAUCACGAUACCUAAAAAGGGAGACCCCGAACUAAUCAAAAACAGAAGACCAAUUACACUGGCUAACUGUAUAUAUAAAAUCCACUCAAAACUAAUAAACAAUAGAAUAAUCCCAAUACUAACGAAAGUGAUCAACCACAAUCAAAAAGGUUUCGUACCAGGCAGAUUCAUUAUAGAUAAUAUCAUAUCAAUGAACGAAUUAAUCAACUAUUGUAAUGAUAAAAGAAUUAACGGAAUAAUUACACUAUAUGAUUUCGAAAAAGCUUUUGACUCGAUUUCACACGGUUCAAUACUCAGAUCACUACAACACAUCAACAUUCCAACCAAUAUAAUCAACCUGAUAAUGAAUCUACUCACCAAAUCUGAAGCAAGAAUUGAAAUUAAUGGUAGAACUACUAUACCCUUUGAGAUCAAAAGAGGAGUCAAACAAGGAGAUCCACUAUCACCCACCCUGUUCGUCCUUGUAAUAGAGGCUUUAGCUAGAAAAAUUUUACAAGAUGACCGAAUUACUGGCCUUCCUCUAAACAACAGCGACCACAGAGAGAAAUUCCAAAGCUUUGCAGACGACUCGGCUUCAAUGGUCCCAGACUCUCAACAACUUGAAUUAGUACUACAACACUUCAAUUCAUUUUGCAAAGCCACUUCCUCAAAACUAAACAUCGACAAAUCUUCAUCAAUUCUUAUAGGCAACCCAGACAAUACCAACCAAAGAAUACCAAUAUCUACAAAUCCAGAAAGAUACUUGGGAUACUUCUUCACAGGCAAAGGGAUAACAAGAAAAAUACCAGAAAUAUUAAACACAAUAAGAUCAUCCUUAGUACUAUGGAAAACCACUGACUCAACAAUCAAAACCAAAACCAACAUCCUCAAAGCAUUCGCACUCUCUAAAUUAACCUACUAUUCAUAUGUAGAGAACUUUAAGGAAGAGGAAUUAAACCAAAUCAAUAAAUUAGUCGAAUGGUUUUUAUCGGCACCAAACACAAAAAUGCUAGUGGAUUUCAAAAUAACUCCAAAAUUAUCACCGACAGCCAAAAAAGAUCAAGAAGUGAAUGCAGAUUACGCCAACCACAGAUUCCACAAAGAAUACUUUGAAUGGAACUAUAAAGCAAUAGACUAUGAUCUAACCAGAUCAUUCGCAUAUAGAAACCUAAUGGCCCUUAUCCUCCACAACAUUUGGAUUUGGAUUUGCAAUCAAAUAUACAGUGAAGAUCCUUUAACAGAUGAAUCACUAUCAUACAGCUCCCUUCUAAAGAAAUGGCACAAAUUGGCCACUCUAGAAUACAUCAAAAAAGCAAAAGAUCUGAAAAACUUAUCAGCAAAAGACCAUAAUAACUUCAAAGAUCCUAAGAUCCUUCUCACUUCAACGAUCAAGCUAAGAAAAACAACAGCUAAUUACUAUUGUAUUCCAGAAUCAUCUCUCCCAAAUAUUAUAUCUUUUGAUCAAUUCAUAUGA